AUGUCCACAGAUUAUGACCUUUUCCACAAUCCCGAAUUAACCCCAGUUAUACAAAAUAAAGUAGCAAGGACUAUUCAGAGGGUUUCUAAGCUGUGCUUGAAAGUUUGCUAUAGAGAUGCGCCGCCUAAGGGUGAGUGUUUGAAGAAUUGUGUGACGAGUUAUGUGGAAGCUUUUGAUGUUGUUCUGGACACGUUGAGAACUUAUGAUUAUAAUAGAUAA